AUGAGCAACAAAGAUGAGGCUCUUCGAGCCAAGGAUUUAGCACAAGACUGGAUGAGGAAGUCAGAAUUCGCGACUGCUCGUAGAAUUGCGGUAAAGGCCCAGAAUAUGGAUGGAACCUUGGAGAAUAUUGCUCACAUGAUAAUGGUGUGCGAUGUUCACUGUGCAUCACUGGAGAAAUCUGGGGACGAGACUGAUUGGUACAAGAUUCUUCAAGUCGAGCACAACGCAGACGACAACGCCAUCAAGAAACAGUAUAAGAAGCUUGCUCUUCUUCUACACCCGGACAAAAACAAGCUCCCUGGUGCUGAAUCUGCUUUCAAAACGAUUGGGGAAGCUCAGAGGAUUCUUUUGGACAAAGAGAAGAGGAGGGUUCAUGACAUGAGACGCAAACCCUUUAAAAGGCCUGCACCAGCAUCGUCCUAUCAAAACAAACAACAAGCCCCGGGCACUUCUGCUUACACUCAGACUGUUUUCCAGACAAGCGUCAAUGCGACGAGGAACAGCUUCCCGGCGGCUUCGAGACCUGAAACCCAGCCAAAACCUCAAGCUCAAGCACCGCCUGGUUUUAGUGAAAACCGGAGCUUUUGGACCUCAUGCGCCUUUUGUCAGAUGAAGCAUGAAUAUCUGAGGGAAUAUAUCAACAAACUAAUGCGUUGUCCGAGUUGCAGUAAGCAAUUCAUUGCGAUUCCAUCUGCCUUCCAGGGUCCACCAGCUGAGCCGACCAACGCCUUCCACCAACAGAGCAAGGUUUCUACUCAAAAGGCAGCAGCCAACGGAGUACAGAAGCAGCCGGAGAAUUCUGCCAGAAGAACUUCCCCAAGAAAAGAGGCUUCUAAAGCAAAAAGCUUGGCUACUUCUGCUGAGAACAACAACUAUGGAAAGAGAAAGAGGAAGAAGAUAGUUGUUGAGUCCAGCGGCUCUUCCAGCGCGAGUAGCUGUGAGCGGGAAGAGUUUGCAACUGCUCGGAGGUCAGUCCGUAGCAAGCAGCACGUUUCAUACAAACAGAAUGUGGGUGAUGAUGACAAGAAAAAAGAGGGUGCAGAAACUGCUCAAGAGUCUGAUUUCAGAAAGAAGCCACAUGAGAAUAACCUGUUUGCAGAAAAUGGGAUUAAAAGGAAGGAGAAGGUAAAUGAAGACCAUGUGGGAAGCUCUCGGGACUCAGUUGCAGCGAAGGAAACAAGUUCAGGGAGUGCAUCGGACUCAGAGAUUUCCGAGUGUCCUGAUCCCGAUUUCAACAACUUCGACAAGUUGAGGGAAGAGAGCUGUUUUAAGGCUGGCCAGACAUGGGCAAUGUAUGAUAACAUGGGCAAAAUGCCUCGGUUUUAUGCCAUGAUCAGUAAAGUCAUAAGGAAACCUAGCUUCUUGCUUAAGAUAACAUGGCUAGAGGCUAAACCAGAUGAUGAGAAUGCAAAACAGUGGAUUCGCAGAAAAUUGCCCGUCGCUGUUGGUAAGUACCAAAUAGGCGGAGUUGAGGAUAUCUACACAACUCCAUCGUUCUCUCAUCUGAUCCAUUGCAGAGUAAGAGGCAUGAGAGAUCCUGUCAGUGUAUACCCAAGAAAGGGAGAAACAUGGGCUCUCUUCAAGAACUGGGACAUCAAUCGGUCCGCUGCUCGUCACCAUCAGUAUAACUAUGAGUAUGUUGAAGUCUUGUCAGAAUAUGCGGAAGGAGUUGGAAUAGAGGUUGCGCUCUUGCGCAAAGUAGAAGGCUUUGCAAGCGUCUUUUGUCGAAAUGCAACUGGUGGCAGAUCAGACACAUUUCAGAUUCCGCCUCAUGAGCUGCUCAGAUUCUCCCACGGCAUUCCCUCAGCCAAAUUGACAGGGAAAGAAAGAAACGGUGUUCCUGUUGGUUCUCAUGAGCUCGAUACAGCUGCGUUACCACAGAAGAUUGAAGAAGGAGAAGAAGAUGCUGUCCCUGUCUCACGUGAAGCUCCCAAAGCCCGUCAUCCUUCUCCGCCUACAUCAGAGCCAGACUGUGUCGUCAUUCCUAGUUUCCAGUUCCAUGACUUCAGCGCUGAAAGAUCAGAGGGAAAGUUCGCACAUGGCCAGAUAUGGUCACUGAGCAGUGAAGAGGAUGGCUUGCCCAAGUACUACGCCAAUAUUCAGAAAAUAUCAUGGAAACCAGUAUUUAAAAUGGAGAUAAACCGUCUAGAGCUUGAAUCUCUUCCUGGGAAUGUUACACAGUGGCGGGACAAGAGAAUUCCGGUCAGUUGUGGAAAUUUCACCUUGAAGGAAGGCAGGGGAGAGACACUCACUAAGGUGAUUGGUUUUUCACAUCAGAUAAAGGCACAAGCGGGUACGAGUAAAACCAAGUACACUAUCCUCCCAAGGACGGGUGAGAUUUGGGCAAUGUACAAGAACUGGAGUGAAGGCAUGAAGGUGGGAAGCUUGAGGAAGUGUGAGUACGAGGUUGUUGAAGUUCUUGACGACAGCGAGAGCGACAUCGAGGUUAUGAUGUUGGAACGGGUAGACGGGUUUACUUCGGUCUUCAAGGAACAAGUGGAAGGAGGCGUCAACGUGAAGAAGACGAUCCCCAGGUGUGACCUGCUGAGUUUCUCUCAUUAUGUUCCCGCAUUCAGGCUCACCGGAGAAAGAGAAGGAGUUCUACGAGGCUGUGUUGAGCUCGACUCAUCUGCAUUGUCCCGUAACUUGCGCAGAUCUUAG